AUGUCUUCGCCCAAAGAAGUCCGUUGGGGCAUUAUGGCCACUGGUGGAAUCGCACAGACCUUUACCAAAGAUCUUCUUGUCGACCCUUCGACUCGUAAUGUCACGGACUUUCGUCACAUCGUUACCGCGGUCGCAUCCUCCUCGUCUCUAUCCUCCGCAGAAAAGUUCAUUUCCAAUAUCGUCUCCGCGUCUCAGUCCGCAAAGUGCACCCCCUACGGCUCCUACGAGGAACUCGUAAAAGACCCGGCGGUGGAUAUUAUCUACAUUGGCUCGCCACACUCGCACCACUACCAAAACGCCAUGCUCUGUCUCUCCCACAAUAAAUCUGUGCUCUGCGAGAAAUCCCUCACAGUCAACGCCGCACAAGCUAAGAUUCUAUACAAGACUGCGAAAGAGAAGAACCUCUUUUUCAUGGAGGCUGUUUGGACGCGGUAUUUCCCACUCAGUCAGACCAUUCGAAAACACAUCACAGAUAAUGACAUUGGCGAGGUGAUACGAGUGCUGUCAGAUCUGAGUAUUGGGGUGUCACCCGAGAAAGAGUUUGAUCCGGGCCAUCGCAUGGUGAAUCUUGACCUGGCCGGCGGGGCUCUGCUCGACUUGGGUAUUUAUUCUCUUACAUGGGUCUUCCAAUCAAUGUACCACACAUUACCUUCGCACCUUCGGGAACAAUCUCGUCCCAAAGUGGUUGGGGCGGCAAUGACCCCAGAACCACGGACCGGCGCCGAUGAAUCGACUCUGAUACUCCUCGAAUUUCCCAAAUCGACUCCUACGGGAAAGACGAGAUCUCACGCGGUGGCUACCACAGCGAUGCGUGUCAGCGACGACCCAGGGCGACGACACGCCGGGAAAGGAGAUGUGGAAACCCCCGCAGUACGCAUUGAAGGCGAAACGGGCGAGAUCCAAGUAUAUGGCCCGAUAUACCGGCCGACACGAUAUCGAUUGAUACCGAAGGACCCAGCAGCGGAGAUUCUCGACCGAAAAUUCGAGUUCGAGGGUGGGUGUCACGGCAUGAUGUACGAAGCCGACGCUGCGGCACGCUGUCUGCUUGCUGGGAAACUAGAAUCCGAAACCAUAUCUUGGGCGGAAUCGACGCUGAUCAUGGAGGUUAUGGAUGAAGCGAGGAAGCAGUGCGGCUUGGUCUACCCAGAUGCGAUCGAGAGUACGGACUACCCCUUGAAGUUGACAUCCAAGGCGUAG